AUGACGGCUGCCAUGACAAUGUCGGACAUAAAGUCUGACAUGACAAUGGACUUGGCGAUGUGUUGCGCAUGGGCUAUCGUGUGGUUGUUGGGCCACUGGUUGGCACACGUUCCUGCCAUGGCCAUUCAACGCUUUGUGAAAGAUCAGGCGAGGAUUCCGCGUCAAUGUGGCGCGUAUCUUCGAAGGCUGUGCCGAGGGCAAGUCUUUUGCUUGAUGGCCUUAGCCGGGGCUGCAAAACUCAUGCUUCAUUGGAAAAGUCCAGAGGAUUUAAUCUUCAGCUUCACCUGGGAACACCAGAUGCUCUUCAGCAUGGCCGCGGGCCAUUGGAUCGUGAGUUUCUGGGAGGACCUGCAGUGUCGAAGCUUUCUGGCUGGGGGUUUGGAUAACAAGGCACUUCCAGGGGUGCGAGAUCCUGCACAGCUCUUGCUGAAGGGCUAUCUGUUGCACCAUGCGGCAGCAGCUGUGGGCUAUCUGGCACUGUUGCAUUGCCAGCGCAUUUCCGCAGUGGGUAGCUUGGGUUUGCUCUUCGAACUGCCCGUGCUGCUGUUGAACCGCCGGGAGCUUUUGCGCUUGCUGUGGCAACGCAGAUGGGCGGAACGUUCAGCCAUCAGAGAUCAUUGGCGUUUCGUCUACAUCUUCUUCCUGACCUCCCGUGGUGGGGCCUUUGCCUUGUACGCCUAUGCACUGGCGUGGUGGCAGCAACAGUUGGCCACUUUGGACACCAUGGAGACGUGCCUCCUCCAUUCCAUGGCCAUUGUCUUCGCGUUGCUGAACUAUGCGUAUCUCAGCAUUUUGGAUGCUUGGAGUCGGCAGGAUGCUGCUGCAGCAGUCUUGCCCGAGCUUGAGGAGGAGGAUUUCGAGAAUCUGGACAUCGGGAUCCAUCCAGAGGCGCCGAUCCUGCGUGAGGUCGAUAUGGAGGAAUUGGCUUCCAAAGAAGGUCUUUGGCUGGCCAUUGAUGGUAUUGUUUACGACCUCACGUUAUUCCAGAAACAGCAUCCAGGAGGCGUAGAUGUGCUCCGCAGUUGUGCUGGUCGAGACGCGACGGCUGAAUUCCAGUCGUGUCCCGCAUCCAAGUUGCCUCUGGCUUCGAUUUGCAGAUACCAGGUCGGUCCUUUGCGGCUACAACCCAAAGAGUAUCGUAUCUUUGAACACAAGGAAGAGGAACAACGGAUGCAGAGGUUAUUGGUAGCAUUGAUCUCCAGCUUAGUCCUUGCGGCAGUGGUCAUGAUGGCCUUUGCCAAUCAAGCAGUGGAGACGAGACUGAUCAAGGAAAGCGCCAGCUAUGGAGAACUUCUCCUGCCGGGGUCGCUGUUGUCGACUUUGGUGGGUGUGCUCUCAGUGCUGCUGCCCAUGAGGCAGAAGUUAGGUGGUUCUCAAUGCAGGGCUGCGGGUGGCUGGAAAGCACACGCCAUCGCGCUGCUGCUUUUGGUGAACCACCUGCUCCUACCGGCCGCCUUGCAAAGCUCCUGGCCGACCGAUGCGGCACCACAUGGCCUGGAAUUGUCCUCCGUGGCGCUGUUGUUGCUGGAGAUCAUCUUGGCACCGGCAAUGACCCCUCCGGUACUUCCCAUCCUGCUAUGCCUUGGGAGCUGGUACUAUCGAGGUGUGACGGCUUCAGAUUGCAUCACGCCCGGUGUCUACAUUCCGUGGCGCAAGGCUAUGGCUUUCGCCAUGAACCUGGUGUUAUUGACGCGCUUGGCGCAGACGCGGCCGGCCGCCGCACGGCAUGGUUUGGCACUGUCUGCGCUGUAUGGUGGAGCUGUCACCGGCUGUUUGAUCUUCACCUGGCCCCACGCGACUGGUUUGGUCUCGCCUUGGCAGAUUGCCGGUCUUCUCGUGGCAUCUGCUACAUCGCUGCUGGUGCAUUGUGCUGUCUUAGAUGUUGCAAUACAAUGUUCUUCCAGAUUUGCCACGAGAUGGGUGGCAUUCUUCAUGGCCGUGUUGAGCUUUUGCACGGUAGGCCUGAGCAGUUUCCGUUGGUUGGCGCUGCUGGGCCUCUUUCAUCAUUUGCUGGACCUGGCGAGGCACAACCGCGUUCGCAUGGACCAGGUAGCGGCCGCCCAGCGCUUUCAACACCUGGACUGGCAUGUCAUUGGAGCACAGGCUUUGUGGGAUUCCAGCAAAGUCUCGAUUCUGGGUUUCAUCUGGAGGACGACGGUUUGCUCCCUGCAGCAUGUAAUCACUGCGUUGAUUCCCAACGGCCUGCAAGUCUACGCCUGCGAGGUGCCAGUGCCCAACUUUGGAGAGAAAGUCGCAAUGGGACUGGCCGCGCAAUACGUUCCCCCUGAGGCACGAGGCAAAGCAAAGAAACCCAACUUCUUCGUGUGCAACGUGGGUCAAAUCUUGGAGUCGUGCCUGCCGGACAUGCAGCACACCAUGAACACGUUGGUUGACGUUUGGGACGAGUUUCAUGAGCCGAAACUGCCUGGUCUUUGUGCCAACGUGGUGAUGGUGAUUCCCAGCUCAGAUCAGGGGCUGGCAAAGGAGAUCAACCUGUCCGUUUGGGAGACCGGCAAGGAUGCCUUCGACUGGUACGUGAAGAGCAAAGGUCAUAAGAAAGCCCUGAUGCAGCACACCUCAGGUGUCUUGAGGACCUUCGGCAACCUCUUGGCGUCUUUGGAGCCCAAGGAAGCGAUUUCCUAUCAGGACCGCUGCAGCAGCUGCGCGCGUCCCAUCGAGGCAUCCCAUGGUGAAGUGGCGCCGAACGUCUGCGGCGUCUGCGGACAGCGCGCCUUCCGUGGUGGCGUUUGCUACACAGGCCUUCGCAUUUGGCCGGCGGCAGAGGCCCUUGCGAAAUUGCUGGCGGGUGAAGGUGAUAGACCGUGGCAACCCAGCGAUGCAAUGGGUGACGGUGCCUUCCGCGUCUUGGACCUGGGCGCCGGCUGCGGCCUGGUGGCCGCCGUGGCCUGCCGCGUCUUCGGCGCCGCGGCCACCACGACGGCCGCGGACGGCCCGGCGGCGGUGCGGCGGCGCCUGGCGGAGACGGCGGCGCUGAACGAGCGGCGCUUCGAGGUGAGGAAAAUCACCUGGGGUGACAACCCACCAAUGGACUGUUCUCCAAUGGGCCAAAACCUGGAGAACAGUCCAGUGGAUGAGCAUGGGAACUAUGACUUCUAUGACCUGAUUUUGGGUGCGGACAUCACUUAUGACUGCAGUUUUCCUAUGAUCUCCUCCCUGUUGGAUCUCAUCUCCAGUCUUUCGCAUGAUGAGACCUGGACGUUGCUGGCGCACGGUGUGCGGAGCGCUGAAAAGGCCAUGGAUCUCUGGGCCGCGCUGCGGCAGCGCUGGCCAGAAGCCCAACUGCUGCGAUCCGACGGCGGCGUCAGCGGCGUCAGCUGUGAGGUGAUGGAAGUGAUGGAAGGAAGGGAAACGGAGACGCCAGUGAUGAUUUUUGCCUUGAAGGGUGGUGGAAAGGUGGAUGAAGCGAUGUACAAAACCAUAUAAACCAUGGAUCAAAAGGGAUCAAAAGGGAUGAAAAGGGAUGAAAAUGAUGGAUCUCUCUCCAGCACCCAAAGUUGGUGGCUGGAGUGCUGAUUGAAAGUUUGGAAAAGGACAGCGAACAAA